UAGAUGGAAUCAUGGAAGGAAACUUUACAAAGAAAGCACCCUCCUUUCCUCUUAAUGCCCUUGUCUUCCCCAGAACUCCGAAUCGGCCAUGGCGGCGACCGGUGGAGAAAUCAAGAAAUCAGCAAGACUCGCGAUGAUGGAGAUCUCCAACAUGCUCUCCGUUCCCAUGGCCCUCAACGCCAUCGUCCGCCUCAACGUCCCCGAAGCCAUCUGGCAAUCCGGAUCCAACUCCCCUCUCACCGCCGCCGAAAUCCUCGCCCGUCUCAACCCUCCUCCUCCCUCCUCUGCCUCCCCUUCCAACCUCCAGCGCCUCCUCCGCCUCCUCUCAAGCCACAACGUCUUCUCCGAACACCUCGACGGCGGCCAUCGCCGAUACAAUCUCACCGAGAUCGGCCGGACGCUGGUCGCCGAUGACGAUGAGGCCAACGGAGGCGUAUCGUAUGCGCCAUACGUAUUACAGCACCACCAGGACGCGCUGGUGCGUGCGUGGCCGCGGCUGCACGAGGCGAUCCUCGAUCCGGACGGACCGGAGCCGUUCUCGCGAGCGAACGGCGGCGUGUCGGCGUAUGCGUACUAUGGAGGAGACGAUGCGGCGAAUGAUUUGAUGCGGAGGGCGAUGUGGGGGGUUUCGGUACCUUUCAUGGAGGCGUUUCUUGAUGAGUACGGCUUGGCCGGGGGAUUGGAAGGUGUUGGGACGAUCGUGGAUGUUGGGGGAAGUUCAGGGGCAUGCCUUCAGAUGAUUAUGCGAAGGUUUCCUGCGGUGAAGACUGGAAUCAAUUUCGAUUUGCCGGAGGUUGUCUCCGGGGCGCCGGAGUUUCCCGGCAUAAUUCAUGUCGGCGGCGAUAUGUUCAAGUCCAUCCCCAGCGGCGAUGCCAUAUUCAUGAAGUGGGUGUUGACGACAUGGACGGAUGAAGAGUGCGGGUUGAUACUGAAGAAUUGCUACAAUGCUCUGCCGGCCGGGGGGAAGUUGAUUGCCUGCGAGCCAGUGCUGCCGGAGGAGACGGACAGCAGCCGGAGAACUCGAGCCCUGCUCGAAGGCGAUAUCUUUGUGAUGACCAUUUAUCGCUCGCAGGGAAAGGAGCGCACGGAGGAGGAAUUCAAGCAGCUGGGUUGCUCUGCUGGAUUUCCCAACUUCAGAGCGCUUUAUUUUGAUCCUUUUUAUACUGUUCUUGAGUUCCAGAAGUGAGAAAGCUUGCUGCUUUCAGCCUCUCUACUCUGUUCCUCAGCUUCAGAUUUAUCUUAAAACAUUGGUGAGUGAGCAAUCUACUAAAUUUAACUCACAAUAGCUUUGAUGAAAUGUUAUUGCAGUAUGAGUAAUUGCUUUUGUUUCGGUUUUUGGCGGA